GAGCCCCCAGCAAGGCAAACUCUGGGCCUACUGCCCCUUAUCUUAAGGCUACUCCCCUGGCCUGCUCCAGCUCCCCAACCCACCUUUGGUCUCCAAAGUGUCUACCACCCCUGAAUUCCUUGACAGCUCCUCCAGACCAUCUCUGUCUUUCUAACCCUCAUCUCUAGCCCAAAUAUACCCCCUAAACCCCACCUCUCUCCGCUCUGACUCCCAUCAACUCCUUCCAAGAUAUCUACGUUCCCCGGAUCCCUUAACUCUGCUCCCCAUACCCCAUCUCUGCCCCCUAAACAUGCCUUCAUCCCCCCAAAUCCUAUCUUUGUCCCGAAUCUGACUCUCACUCAUCUGAAGUUGUCUGUUUCCAAGUUCUCUCCAAAAGCUCAUUUUUGCUCCCUCACACCUGUCUGCUCCCCAAGCCCUUGUCUGUUCCACAUCUUUAUCUCUGCCCCAAAUUCUCUCUCUGACCCCCGAAACCAGUCUCUGGCCUGCCAAACUCUAGCUCCAUCCUCUUACCCCCUCUCUGCCUCUCAAACCCAUAUUUGUUCCCUGUGACUUCUCUCUGACCCCCCCAAACCAUUUCUCUCCCUCAACUCCUUGUCUGUGCACCGAAAUGUCUCUGUCACUCCAAACGCCAAGUCUACUCCUCCAUAUCAUUCUGCCAAAUGAAUCCUCAUGUCUGCCUUCCCUAAACCCCAUCUCAGCUCCAAAAUAUGUCUCUGUCCCCCAAAUCUCUUCUCUAGCCCCAAAUAUUUCUCCCCUCCAUCUCGGUUCUCAAACUCCUCCUGUGUUCUCAUAACCCAUCUCUAAUCAUCAGACACAUUUCUGCCUGUCCAAAUCCAUCUUUGACCCCUAAACUCCAUCUCUGCUCCAGCAAAACCCUUAGACCCCCAAAAUUUGCCACGACCUUCAGAAUCCAUCUCUGAGCCCCAAACUACAUCUUUAACUUCUCAACUUUAUCUCUGAUCCCCAACCUUGUCUCUGCUUACCUAACCUAUUUUUGAUCCCAAAAUAUGACCUUUCAAGGUUGUCUCUGCUCCUUAAACCCCGUAUCUGCUUCCCCCAAACUCCAUAGCUAUACCCCAAACCCCUUCCUGACUUUUCAACCCCCUAGCUGGCCCUCAAACUCUACCUCAAACCUUUCUGAGACCCAUCUGCCCCCAGACCCGAUCUCUGCUCCCAUCGGUCCUGAGGGACCCUCCCUUGAGGGCUGGGAUAGGGAUGUUACCUGGGGUGAGGGGCUGGGUCGAGGGAGAGUUGAGGGUACCAGCCUGCUGCUUGCCGCCGUUGGGGCAGCACUUACUCUAGUGGGGCAGCUGAUAAGAAGCUUUCAUAUCCCCCAGCCUCGAGAUAAACUUUAUCUCUGUCCGGAGAGUGAUAACUGGGGGUGGGGGGGCUGGGUCCCUGCCAUGGGAGGGGUGGGCAGCCCCAGACCCAGCAAGGUGUGAGGUGCAGGGACAGGAGCUCGGGGGUGCAGUGGGGCUGGAGGGAGAUUAUGGGGAGUGAGGUAAGGAUGAGGGGGUAAAGGAAGAGAGGUGCUAGAAACAAAAAGAGCAGGACACACACAGGGAGACAGAGAGAGCGGGGGAGAAAAAGAGACAGAGACAUGAAGAGAGAGAAAGGAGAAACAGAAAGCAACUCAAAGAAAGAGUAAGAGAGACAGGAGAGAGAGGGAGACCCAGGGAGAGAAAAGGAGAAUGAGACAGGAACACAGAGAGAGAUCUACUCACAGACAGAAAGAAUCAUGGAGAGACAGAGCGGGAAGAGAUGGAAAGGUCAAACCCCAGAGGCCCCAUGGAGUUCUCUAGCCUGGGGGCCCUGGGGACCUCUGAGCCCUUGCCCCAGUUUGUGGACCCUGCCCUGGUGUCCUCGCCACCAGAGUCGGGGGUCUUCUUCCCUUCUGGGCCUGAGGGCUUGGAUGCAGCAGCCUCCUCCACUGCCCCCAGCACCGCCACGGCUGCAGCUGCCGCACUGGCCUACUACAGGGAUGCUGAGGCCUACAGACACUCCCCAGUCUUUCAGGUCUACCCAUUGCUCAACUGUAUGGAGGGGAUCCCAGGGGGCUCACCCUACGCCAGCUGGGCCUAUGGCAAGACCGGGCUCUACCCUGCCUCGACUGUGUGCCCUACCCGUGAGGACUCCCCACCCCAGGCUCCAGAAGAUCCAGAUGGGAAAGGUGGCAGCAGCUUCCUGGAGACCUUAAAGACAGAGCGGCUGAGUCCGGACCUCUUGACGCUGGGGCCUGCACUGCCUUCAUCAAUCCCUGUUUCCAGCAGUGCCUAUGGAGGCCCUGACUUUUCCAGUACCUUCUUUUCUCCCACUGGGAGCCCCCUCAAUCCAGCGGCCUAUCCCUCCCCCAAACUUCGUGGAACCCUGCCCCUGGCCCCCUGUGAGGCCAGGGAGUGUGUGAACUGCGGAGCCACAGCCACUCCACUCUGGCGGCGGGACAGGACAGGCCACUACCUGUGCAACGCCUGUGGCCUCUAUCACAAGAUGAAUGGGCAGAACAGGCCCCUCAUCCGGCCCAAGAAGCGCCUGAUUGUUAGCAAACGGGCAGGUACCCAGUGCACCAACUGCCAGACAACCACCACCACACUGUGGCGGAGAAAUGCCAGUGGGGAUCCUGUGUGCAAUGCCUGCGGCCUCUACUACAAGCUACACCAGGUGAACCGACCACUGACCAUGAGGAAGGAUGGUAUUCAGACUCGAAACCGCAAGGCAUCUGGAAAAGGGAAAAAGAAACGGGGGUCAAGUCUGGGAGGUACAGGAGCAGCUGAAGGACCAGCUGGCGGCUUCAUGGUGGUGGCUGGGGGCAGCGGCAGUGGGAAUUGUGGGGAGGUGGCCUCAGGCUUGACACUGGGCCCCCCCAGUGCUGCCCAUCUCUACCAAGGCCUCGGCCCCGUGGUGCUGUCAGGGCCUGUUAGCCACCUCAUGCCUUUCCCGGGACCCCUGCUGGGUUCACCCACAGGCUCCUUCCCCACAGGCCCCACGCCUCCCACCACCACCACCACUGUGGUGGCUCCACUCAGCUCAUGAGAGCACAGAACAUGGCCUCGGGGUAGGGGUAGUGUCCCUCUCCUCUCGUAGCCAGCAAUCUAUACAACCCACCUUCUGGGCCCCAGACACCCCCUGGCCUGGACCAUCAAAGCUUUUGUAAAAUAAAACCACCGAAGUCCUGAAA